AUGCUGAAUACCCGAGCAACGCUGCGAACGCACAAGCCCAUGGACAAGCCAACGGACGGCAAAUCGACAACAUGCUACCGCAACAAGAAGCAGCAACGGCAUGCAGCGUUCAUCGGCCGACAACUGCUACCUGAACAGUUGCUGAGGAACAGCCCAAGAACAGCCCAAGAGCAGCACAAGGGCAGCAAAGGAGCAGCACAAGAGCAGCAAAGCAGCAGCACAAGAGCAGCACAAGAGCAGCACAAGAGCAGCACAAGAGCAGCACACAGCACAAGAGCAGCACAAGAACAGCACAAGAACAGCACAAGAACAGCACAAGAACAGCACAAGAACAGCACAAGAACAGCACAAGAACAGCACGAGAACAGCACAAGAACAGCACAAGAACAGUCCAACGGCGGCACGGCACAAGAACAGAACAGCACAGACCGGCACGGGGGAAAAAGCCAGCGAUUCUCUCAGCGGGCUCGCAUGCCCAAGUGGCGAAGCCAGGCAGCGGACGAGUGCCCAGUCACUCAUCGGCAGCAGGUCGCACAUCGCCAUUGCCCAGAGCAAUUCUUCGGUCUCAUCUGCUGCCUCGUCCCCGAGAGUCGAUGCGGCAGGAUGGCCCCUGCUGCAAGCCUGGGCAUGGUCCCAGACGAUGUAUUCACUCUCAUGGCAGAGAAUCUCGACUUCUUGGAUUUGCUGGCCCUCUCGCUCGUCUGCAAAGCGACGCGCAAGCUGGUCUCGUGCCUGCUCUGGAGGACCAUCGUGAUCCGGCCAAAGAAGGAAGACAGGCCGGAGCUCGUACGGAUCCGGAUCCCGCCGGGCAUUCCGCAAGAGCACAUGCGCGCCAUCUGCUUUCGAAACGUCUUCGAGCACUUCCCGUCGUACCGCUGCAUCCACUGGGACGAGCCCGAAGGGCGCACGAGCUCGGGUAGGGUCGCUUCGACCGACUGGUACUGGUUGAGAGCCGAAGACCUCUCGCAAAAGGUCGACUACCUCAUCAAGCAGUUUCGCAAACGGCGGAUGGACAGCUUCAGCUGGGAAAUGGGCAUCUGCCUACCGGGACGCUUUCUCGAGCUUCUCGCGCGGAUCCAGCCCCGACUGCAGGAUCUGACGCUCGUGACCGACGGUCACUGUCCGGAGGAGGGCGACCGGGCCCAAGCCGUUUCGCUCAGCAACGUCUACUUCCCACACCUUCGAAAGCUCACCUGGAUCGGUCCGGGAAGCGUCGUUCGCCUGUGGGAGCUCUUCAGCAACCAUGCGGACCAGCUGGAGGAGUUUGAGAUGAAAUGGACCUCCCUCGACCUCAUGGAGGACAACUUUGCCCUGGCGGACAGAGAGGACUGCGGGCUAUGGGCGCUGCUGCGACACGGCAACCUGCUGCGGGCCCGGGCCGCUUCCGGAGGAGGAGGCCAUCGCGGUCGGCCGUCCGGGUCCGGCAGCGAGACGCCCUUCUUGAGCCUCACGCCGUCGCUGCCUCCCGGGCGCGUCGAGAUGCCGUACCUUCGAAGUCUCAGCCUCUCGCACGUGACGCUCGGUCCGCUCGCGUACACGGAGCUGGAUUUGCUCAGGCUCGAAUCGCUGACGCUCCGAGACUGCCCCUCGUGGGUCAACUUUUGCCAAGGGCUCGUCGACUCGGGAAUGCCGCUGAGCCUCAAGUGUCUCGAGCUCCAGAGCGGACUGGAGAGGUGGGAGGCGCCCGAGGACGCGGCACCGGAGCGGGACUGGAUCUGGGUGCGGCUCAUCGAUGCCGUCGACAGGCUCGAGGAGCUGUACGUGAGCGUCCGCGUCGGACGGCCUGUCCCGAGCGUCGCGCUGUGGGAUCAUGUUUCGAAGCACCGGAAGACGCUGACAACAUUCGUGCACCACUUUCGGGAGGACAUUGUCGACCACCCGGACAGAAACGUCGACGACGGCACCUACGACGUUCUGGACUUGGGCAUCAAAAACGCCCUCGAGCACAUUGUCGUGCAGAGGGCCUUUAUGCACCUCCACCUGGACGCCCUUGGUCUGCCGUGCGACCCGAGGAUCUUGCCACCGCUGCUUGAGCCUUUUCGGGAGAGGACGACGCUCAAGUUCAUCCACAUCCGACAAUCGGCCUCGGAUGCGCAGGGCUGCCUGCCGGGACCGAUGCACUUCACCACCUGCGGUCGACGUUUGCAGUAUCCGCUGUACCACGGAAACUUGCAUCAGACGUACAACGACUGCCUGACGCAGAUUUUCGGCCGACAGGGUGUGCCGUCCGUCGAGCAGGUUGCCUUUGGGGACUUUUCCAUCCCACGCUGCAGGAGCUGCUGGAAAAACUUCAUCGCCGAGCGGGAUACGACCGCCAAGGAAGGCUUCCGCUUCCUCGAGCUGACGGAGCUCGAAGGCUUCCGGGCCUUGUGCCGGCACCGAAGGAUUCUCGAGUCGUGCCCCUGGGAGGAGUUUGAGACGGAGUCGGUCGGCCCGUCGACGGUUGAGCUCGAGGAGGCGCGCGAGAGCAUCAUGCAGGGGUACAAACUCUGCGCAGGCAAAAGCCCGACGCACGAGGUUGACCCGUACAACGAGUUCUCCGACGCCGGAGAGCCUGAAACGGACGACGAGGACAGGGGCGACCCAGACGGCGGCGAGUACGCGUACGAGGCAUACGAGGAUGACGAGGCAGUAGCUGGGUGGAUUGAUGAUGUUUGA